AUGGCUAGCGAGGGGAAGAAGAAGAAGCUCGCCAUCGUGGCGGUCAGCUCCCUGAUCCUGGUGGUCGCCGUGGUUGCGGUGGUCGCCGGUGUCACCAUGUCCAAGGGCGACAGCAAGCAGGGCGAGACCAAGGAGGUCUCCGCCUCCAUGAAGGCCAUCGAGGCCAUGUGCCAGCCGGCCGACUACAAGGAGUCGUGCGUGAAGAGUCUUGAGACCGCGGGUCCGAACGUCACCGACCCUAAGGAGCUCAUCAAGGCCGGGUUCAACGUCGCCAUGAAGAAGAUCUCCGAGGCGGCCGAGAAGUCCGUCACGCUGAAGGAGCUCGCCAAGGACCCUAGGACCUCGCAGGCCCUCCAGAACUGCAAGGAGCUGAUGGAAUACGCGAUCGACGACCUCCAGAGCUCAUUCGACAAGCUGGGAGGCCUUGACAUGAGCAAGGUCGACGACUUCCUGGCCGACUUGAAGACCUGGCUCGGUGCCUCCAUCACCUACCAGGAGACCUGCCUGGACGGGUUCGAGAACACCACCAGCGACGCUGGCGAGAAGAUGAGGAAGGCCCUGAAUGCCACCGCCGAGCUGACCAGCAACGGGCUCGCCAUGGUCACCGAGAUCUCCUCAGUUCUUGCGAACCUAAACCUUAACUUCCUGAGCGGCAACCGCCGGCUCCUCCAGGACAGCGAGGUCCAGGUCCUCGGGCACGGCGAGUUCCCGAUGUGGAUGGACCCCGUCAGGCGGAGGCUGCUCCAGGCCAAGGUCGGGGUCAACCUCAAGCCGGACCUCGUUGUCGCCAAGGAUGGGAGCGGCAAGUACAAGACCAUCACCGAGGCGUUGAAGGACAUCCCGCUGAGGAGCAACAAGACGUUCGUUCUGUACGUCAAGGAGGGAGUUUACAGGGAGCAGAUCAUUUUCGACAAGAAGAUGUGGCGUUUGACGCUCAUCGGAGACGGGCCGACCAAGACCAGGAUCGUCUACAACAGCAACUACGUCGACGGCGUCAACACCUUCAAGACCGCCACCGUCGCCGUCCUCGGUGAGCAGUUCCUCGCCAAGGACAUCGGGUUCGAGAACGACGCAGGCGCCAUCAAGCACCAGGCCGUGGCGCUGAGGGUCCAGUCGGACUUCUCCGUCUUCUACAACUGCCACAUGGACGGGUACCAGGACACCCUCUACACCCACGCCCACCGCCAGUUCUACCGCGACUGCACCAUCUCGGGCACCAUCGACUUCAUCUUCGGCGACGCCUCCGCCAUCUUCCAGAACUGCAAGAUGCUCGUCCGCAAGCCGCUGGACAACCAGCAGUGCAUCGUCACCGCCCAGGGCCGGAAGGAGAGGCGCCAGCCCUCCGCCAUCAUCCUCCAGAACUGCACCAUCACCGCCGACGCCUCUUACGUUCCUGUCAAGGCCAAAUUCAGGUCGUUCCUCGGCCGGCCGUGGAAGGAGUACUCGAGGACCAUCAUCAUGCAAUCCUUCAUCGACGACAUCAUCCAGCCCGAGGGCUGGCUGCCUUGGAUGGGAGACUUCGGCAUCAAGACCUGCUUCUACAGCGAGUUCGGCAACCGCGGGCCCGGAUCGAGCAUGACCGGCCGCGUGAAGUGGAAGGGCAUCAAGACCAUCACCCCGGCCCACGCUGUCGACUUCACCGUCGGAACAUUCCUGCGCGGCAACACUUGGCUCCCGAAAUUCGGCGUCCCAUUCUCCGCCGGAAUGGUGGCCGUCUAA